AUGGAGGAAGGAAAAGCAAAGAAGAAACGAGAACGAACGACUGGAGGAGAAGAGGAAGAAGAAGAAGAAGGAGAAAUUUUCCAACGAGACGACGCGAUGAAGAAGAGGAAGAAGAAAACGAGGAAAAGCGAUGAUGAUUUUGACGAUGAUGAUGCUAAUGCUGCCGCGUAUUCCGAUAUAUACGGCCCGAACGCCUCGGCAACGUUUCACUUCUUGGAGGAACACCGGCACCGGGUCCACUUACAAAAACUCUCCGAUAUUCUCGCAUCCGUCGCGUGUCAAUCGAGCGGGAUAAAUUGCGACUACGGGAGAUUUACGAACAAACCACUGGUGAAGAAAAUAGCCGUCGUGCUCGCGCCCGGGUUGGAACAUAAGAUGUACGUGGACACGUUCGGCGCGUUGCACUGCAAAAACAUGAAGAGGAUAUUUAGGAAUAGGAUUGAGGGAGGUAAAGGAGGGAGUCAGUGUGUGGCGACGAAGAGUAUGAAUCCUACGGCGAAAGGCGCGACGCACGCGCGGUCGAUUUUGUACAACGGAGGAUGGGCGUCUGGAGCGGAGACGAAGAAGAAGAGGGAGGCGAAGUAUAAGAACGACGAGGCCGCGCAGGCUUAUAGGUUGGCUAAAGAGCAAGCGAAAGCAGCAGUCAAAGAAGAAGGAGAAGGAGAAGCAGAAGCAGGUGAUGAUGAUAACAAUGGUGCUUUGAAGAAGACGGCAAAAAAUGGAGGAAAGAACAACAAAACGAGUACGACGACGACGAAUAACGAACGAGUAACGACGGAGACGAAAUUGUUGCAAUUUUUACGAGACGCACCGAGGAAGCUCUCGGUAAAAAGCGCGACAUUGACGGCGGAAGAUAUGGCGGAUAUGAGAUACCCGUUACCGACGUUGAUAAAGAAGAAAGAAAAAGCAGAAGUGAAAGAAGUGCUGAAACUUCCAGAGGGAGGAUUCGUGUGCACGCAACCUGCCGGCAUGGGCGUCGCCAACGCCGAGUACCCGGAGAUUGUCGCCAUGGAUUGUGAAAUGGUCACUAUUGAAACCGGUUUAGCUUUGGCGCGAUGCUCCGUCGUCGACGAUUGUGGCACAGUCAUCUACGACAAACUCGUCUUACCGCCGACGCCAAUCGUGAAUUACAACACUGAAUUUUCCGGCAUCACGAAAGAGCAAAUGCGAAACGUGACGACGACGUUAGAGGACGUGCAAAAAGAGUUGUUAGAGCUCAUCCCGAGCGAAUGUGUUAUUGCGGGACACUCUUUAGAAAACGAUUUAAUGAUGCUUAAAAUGUGUCAUCCGAACGUGGUGGAUACGGUGCAAAUGUACCCGCACAAACGAGGCGCGCCGUUUCGUAACGCUCUCCGAUUUCUCACCGAAAGAUAUCUGAGGCGAAAGAUACAACACGAAGGCACGCACGACUCCGUAACCGAUGCCCGAGCGACGCUCGAGUUGGUUUACUUGAAACUCAUUCGAGGCGAAACGUUCGGCAACGACAUCAGCGAGAAUUUCGAAGACAGCGAGUCUUUAUUCGAUCACAUCGCCAAGGAAAAUAAAACGCGAGGAGGAGGCUUGGAGAAUGAAUGCGAGGUGCUCGUUUUUGAAACGAUUACGAAUAGUAAUAACGAGACGAUUGGAGUUUCUGGAGCAACAGAAACGUACAAGUGCGUUUCUGAUGAUGACGUGACGAUGAAAAUGCAAAUGUCCAUGCGCGAGGCGCCCGAGGACAUGUCUUUACUCUGUUUCGGCUAUUUGAGAGAAUUGGAGGAUGUUUUAGAGAAGCACGCUUUGAAGGAGAAGAAGAAGAAAAAUAAAAAAGCCAAAGGAGGAGACGACGACGACGACGAUUCUACCGCGAGAAAAGAACACUUUAUCGAACGCAUCGAGGCCACGCAAAAUCUCGACUCGCGCGUCGCUAGAAUUUGGGAUGAACUUCCGGCAAACUCUUUACUUCUCGUCGCCACUGCCGUCGGCGACUCCGCCACGUUGCGGUACAAACAGGAAGAAAAAUGGUCGAGAAACCGUAAGUUCUCCGAGACCGAGGAAGUAGAGAGGAAAAAACAAGGUUUACAAAACUGGACGGACGAGGAACAAGAGGCGUUGAAUAAGAGAUGGGACGCCACGCAGUUUGGCGUCGCGUUGUGCGCCAUUAAGCCGGUACUGGAAGAGGGAGAGGAGAAACGACCACUCGUCCCCGCGGCGGCUUGGACGAACUCGCAGAAAGAGAGAGUAUGA